UGUUGUCCUUGUGCUGAUGACGGGUACGGACAUUCCGUAUUGACCUGCAAAUCCCAGGAUAUUCGGCCAAUCAGUAUUCGUUUAACUUUUGCGCGUCACCAGCUCGACCGUCAUUGUGCAUUUUGCGCACCCAAAGCUUCCCAACCAGCCCAAGCCGUCGAACAUGCGAGUAUUCCGCUUCGCCAUCGACCGUGGCGGCACCUUCACUGAUGUGUAUGCCGAGAUGGACGUGCUGGACGCCCAGGGGAACGUCGUGGACGUUGUACCCAAGGUCAUUAAGUUGCUCUCGGAAGAUCCGGCCAACUACCCGGAUGCGCCUCGAGAGGGUAUUCGCCGCGUGCUGGAGCUCAUGACGGGCGUCCCGCACCCUCGGGAUCAGCCUGUGGACACGUCCAAGAUCCAGAGUAUCCGCAUGGGCACGACUGUAGCCACCAACGCGCUGCUAGAACGCAACGGAGAGCGUACAGUUCUUGUCACCACCCAGGGCUUCCACGAUCUGCUGUAUAUCGGCAACCAGUCCCGUCCCAAGAUCUUCGACCUGGAGAUCCACAUGCCCGACACACUGUACGACUCGGUAAUUGAAGUGGAUGAGCGUCUGCAGCUUGUUAACAAUGAGAAAGACCGUCUCCCAACAGACGAGAAGGGAAUUAGUGGCGACUAUAUCCGAGUAAUUAAGGAUUUGGACGUCGAGGAUCUCACCAAGAAGCUUCAAGCUGCACGUGAUGACGGCGUGGAGAGUGUAGCCAUUGUGUUGCUGCACUCGUACACUUUUCCUAGACACGAGGAGAAGGCCCGUGACAUUGCCACGCAGCUCGGCUUCACACAAGUCUCGCUGUCGUCAGAGGUCAUGCCGAUGGUGAAGGCUGUUCCGCGUGGCUUCACCACUUGUGCGGACGCUUAUCUCACGCCUGUGAUCAAGAAAUAUGUGGCAUCGUUCUGUGCUGGCUUUGGUGAGGGAUUGGAAAAGGUGAACAUUAGUUUUAUGCAGAGCGAUGGUGGAUUGGCACGAAUGAAGCACUUCCACGGCCACCGAGCGAUUCUUUCAGGUCCUGCUGGCGGUGUGGUGGGUUACGCUCGUACGACGCGUCCACCUGAGGCUUCUGCUGUCCAACCUGCAGUUAUCGGCUUCGAUAUGGGCGGUACUUCGACCGAUGUAUCUCGUUUUGACGGUAAAUUUGAGCACGUUCUGGAGAGUGUGACAGCCAACGUCACUGUACGUGCACCUCAGCUGGACAUCCAGACGGUGGCGGCUGGAGGCGGCUCUCGACUAUUCUACAAGAACGGACUGUUCCUGGUUGGCCCUGAGUCGGUCAGAGCACACCCUGGACCUGUGUGUUACCGUAAGAACGGCUACCUUAGUGUCACCGAUGCUAACCUGGUUACAGGACGUAUCCUGCCGGAUUUCUUCCCCAAGAUCUUCGGUCCUAACGAGGACGAACCGCUGGAUGUGGCUGGAUCCAAGAAAGCCUUUGAAGAGCUGACUAAGCAGAUCAACGCUUCAUCUGGAGCUAACGGAGCGCAAUACACGAUUGAAGAAGUGGCGUCGGGCUUCCUCCGCGUCGCCAAUGAGGCUAUGUGCCGUCCUAUCCGUAACCUGACGCAGAAUAAGGGAUACGACAUUAGUACGCACAUUCUGGCAUGCUUUGGAGGUGCUGGACCGCAACACGCUUGCUCUAUCGCCAAGGCUUUGGGUAUGUCGAAGGUCUACAUCCACCGUUACAGUGGCAUUCUCUCGGCGUACGGCUUGAGCGUGGCAGACAGCGUCGUGGACAAGCAGCUGCCCUCUUCUGCGGAAUACAAUGCUGACAGUAAGCAGGCGUUGAUUGCGAGUCUUACCAAGAUCGCAGACGAAGCCGUAAACGAGUUAAUUGCAGACGGAUUCCAGCUUGAAGACGUUCAAGUGCAGUACUUUUUGAACAUGCGGUACGAAGGCACAGACAACGCUGUGAUGACUCGCGGUCCUGUCGGUGCCAAGGGCGAAUCCCCUGCCACUAGCGCUGAUGCUCUCGCUGCGUUCGAUUUCGAUGCCAGCUUCAUCAGAAAGUACCAGCGCGAGUUCGGUUUUGUGCUGCAGAACCGAGCUAUUCUCAUUGACGAUGUCCGUGUGCGUGCUACGGUGUCACCUGACUUGAAGGAUCCAGUGUUGAAGGCUACUUCCGACGAUGUGAUCGAGCCGUGCAAGCCUCAUUCGACGACCAAUUUCUACUUUGAGAAAGAGAAAGCUUGGAAAGAGAUCCCUGUCUACCUCCACGAAAAGCUAUUGGAGAGACGUGGAGCCAAGUACAGCGGGCCUGCGAUCAUCAUGCAGGGCACAGCGACGGUUGUUGUGGAGCCCGAGUGGGAGGUACAGAUCAUGUCUAGCGGCGAUCUCUACUUGGUCUCUACUACUGAGGCUACCGGGUCAAAAGAUCAGCCUGCUGUGCGCUCUGAAGACGUCCCACUUGACCCCAUUCAGCUGUCGGUGUUCUCGCAUCGCUUUAUGGGCAUUGCCGAGCAAAUGGGUCGUACACUGGCCCGUACGUCGGUGUCUGUGAACAUCAAGGAGCGUCUGGACUUCUCAUGCGCCCUCUUUGGUCCUGAUGGCGGCCUCGUGGCGAACGCACCGCAUCUUCCGGUUCACUUGGGUGCAAUGCAGCAAGCUGUGCGUCACCAGUUGAAAUACUGGGGCGACGAUCUUCAUGACGGCGAUGUUCUCGUUUCGAACCACCCACAGCUCGCUGGAGGCUCGCAUCUGCCAGAUAUCACGGUCAUUACACCAGUGUUCGACCGAACAAGCGGUAAGAUUGAGUUCUUCGUGGCUAGUCGAGGUCAUCACGCUGAUAUCGGCGGCAUCUCGCCUGGGUCUAUGCCUCCUCUGUCCAAGACGUUGUCGGAAGAAGGUGCUGCUAUCGUGGCUUUCAAACUGGUGGACGGUAAGGUGGGAGAAUUCCGCGAGAAGGAGAUCACUGACAUCCUCUUACAAAAGGACCGCGUGGACGAUCAAGGACGCCCUUGUAUUGGCACCCGUAACCUGCGUGACAACCUGUCGGAUCUCCGCGCUCAAGUCGCAGCCAACCAACGUGGUGUGGUGCUAAUGCACGAGCUGUGUGUCGAGUACUCUCUACCAGUAGUGACGGCCUACAUGAACUACAUCCAACAAGCGGCGGAGAUCGCAGUACGCAACAUGCUGCACGAGUUCUCGCUGCAGAAAAACCUACCGGAAGUUGGCGUGGUGCGUGCUGAAGACUUCAUGGAUGACGGCACGAGGAUUUCUCUGCAGAUCUCGAUCGACCGUCGCUCCAACUCUGCUGUCUUCGACUUUGCCGGCACCGGGCCGGAAGUGUUCGGCAACGUCAACACGCCACCGGCCGUGACUUAUUCAGCUAUCAUCUACUGCUUGCGUUGCCUGCUACCAGGCGAAGAUCUGCCAUUGAACCAAGGUUGUUUGACGCCCAUUGAGGUGCGUUUCCCGAAGGAGGGAAGUAUUCUGAACCCCAGUGACAACGCGGCUGUCGUGGGCGGUAACGUGCUUACCAGUCAGCGAAUCACUGACGUGAUCCUCAAGGCAUUCGGGGCCUGUGCGGCUUCUCAAGGCUGCAUGAACAACCUCACGUUUGGCAGUGCUACACUGGGCGGAUAUUACGAGACGAUCGCCGGUGGAGCCGGUGCUGGUCCGUCUUGGAACGGACGUAGCGGCAUCCACACGCACAUGACUAACACGCGUAUCACGGACCCGGAGAUCCUGGAGAAACGCUUCCCUGUACUGCUACGUGCCUUCCACCUUCGUGAAGGAUCAGGUGGCGCUGGCAAGUUCCGUGGAGGUGACGGUGUGGUGCGUCAGAUUGAGUUCCUCGAGGGUAUGACGGUCAGUAUCCUAUCGGAACGUCGUGCCUUCCAGCCGUACGGACUGGAAGGCGGCGCGCCAGGUGCUCGCGGUAUCAACAUUCUUCAACGCCAAGGAGGACGUACCGUUAACUUGGGCGGUAAGAACACGGUGGACGUGCUGCCAGGCGAGAUCUUGACGCUGUACACGCCUGGAGGCGGCGGCUUUGGAGCCAACUAGAGCGACCAUGAACCUGCAAGGACAUGCUCGACUAGGAGAGAGCAAUUACGCUAUUGAGUUAGCUGUGCGUCUAACGGAUACCUUUUUCCUCUCUACUGCUCCGAGUCCUCUUUACGUUUGCGAUCUUUUUCUUCUAACAUGUCAGCAUACGCGUCGAGUUCGGCGUCCA